AUGUCGCAUGUCUAUACCUAUGGAGCUUGCCACAGAUUUAUAUACGUCUCCACCGGUACCCUGAUUUACGACCCAAAGAACAGUCUGAAGUUGGAAGCAAACAUGGGCGCUUCAAUCCACCUGCCCUGUCCACUUCUGAUGCCAGCCCUACUGGGGGUUUUGCGCUAUCCGAUCUGGUUUCGCGCCUCUGGCCAUCAGUGGUUGCCUGCCGAUCCAAACCAUGCGCGGUUAGAAGGACUGAGACCUGGCGACUUCGGUGCAUACUACUGCUUCUGGUUGCAGACCGGCCGCGAUAGCACUCGUGCACAAGUGGCUUCUCGUUUGGGUGUUAAUCAAGUAAUGCUGCUUCCCCGGUUCGACUCAAGCUUC